CAGAGCCAUCAAAUUUUGUAUUCACAAAUGUUCAGAACCCACCAUUGAUUAUUAAUUUUUAUAUAAACCCAAAUCCUUCCCAUUUCAUUUCCCAACACGAAUCCCCAAAAUCCAUGGCGCUUCUCAAAUUUCUUCUCUGUUUUCUCCUUUUUCCUCUGAUCUUUCCCUCCUCUAUUGCCGGAGCUGCUCCGAUGCUGCCGCCCGUUAAGGCUGCUUAUUGGCCGUCUUGGGUUUUAGAAACUUUCCCACCUUCCGCCAUUGACACUGCUCUAUUUACCCAUGUCUAUUUUGCCUUUCUCAUGCCGGAUAACCGUUCUUUUGCUUUUGAGUUUCCGGACACUACGGUGGCGGCGCUUUCCCAGUUUACCACUUCUCUGACGCGGAAGAAUCCGUCAGUAAAGACACUGUUUUCGAUCGGUGGUGGUGGUAGUGACAGUGACCUGUUUGCUCGUAUCGCUUCCGAUACCUCGUCUCGUCAGAUUUUCAUCGAUUCCAGUAUUAAGACGGCGAGGAAAUUCGGAUUUCAUGGCGUCGAUCUCGAUUGGGAAUUUCCCAAAGACACGACGGAGAUGAAAUAUUUCGCCGACUUAAUAAUUCAAUGGCGGAAGACAAUUGACAGGGAAGCCAAGACAACAUCACGACCCCCACUUCUCCUCACCGCCGCUGUGUAUUACGCGUCGGAGUUUCUCACUUAUGGUGAGCGGCGAUCAUUCCCGGCGGAAGCGAUUUCGAAAAGCCUUGAUUGGAUCAAUGUCAUGUGCUUCGAUUACCACGGGUCGUGGGACACGUCCGCUACCGGAGCCCACGCUGCUCUGUUUGACCCACAUACGAAUUUGAGCUCCCAUUACGGCCUCCGUUCAUGGAUCUCCGCCGGUGUGCCUCGGAACAAGAUGGUUAUGGGUAUUCCUCUGUACGGCAAGUCUUGGACCCUCAAGGAUCCUAAUGUGCACGGCGUCGGAGCCCCCGCCACGGCUGUUGGUCCGGGUGACAACGGGAUCCUAACCUAUGUUCAAGUGCAAGAAUUCAACAAAAGGACGGCGGCGACAGUGGUAUACGACAUAAGAACCGUAUCGGCGUACUCGUAUGUGGAGUCUUCAUGGGUCGGGUACGACAGCGUGCAGUCGACGACGACGAAGGUGGAGUUUGCUCAGGCGAUCGGCCUCCGUGGCUACUUCUUUUGGGCUCUCAGUUAUGAUAGUGCCGAUUGGGAAAUUUCCACUCAUGCUUCAAACGCAUGGGUUGAUGACCGCCUUUGAGAUUCAGCAAUGGAAAUUUUCAAAUAAAUAGCUUUUAGGAGCUGUAUUGUUUUUGUGUAGUAUUAUUAAUUCAAUAAAUUCUCUCAAAAUUAUUAAAUUCACAAUACUAUU